AUGAAUUACCAUUCAAUCAAAGCAGUGCUGGUGCAGCAGCUUCUGGAGUCUCCAGUCCAGCCCUACCUGCCUGGAGCAGGACUGUCCCCGGUGCACGGAAUAGCCCUGGUUCCCACAGCUGGAGUUGUUGAUGCGUUUCAAGCCUGGUGCGGUCCAUGCAAAACGGUGGUGGAUCUCUUCCGAAAAAUAAGGAAUGAAGUUGGCAGUGAUCUCCUGCAUUUUGCUGUGGCUGAAGUUGAUUCCAUUGAUGCUCUGGAAAAUUACCGAGGGAAAUGCGAGCCGGUCUUUCUGUUUUAUGCAGGAGGAGAAUUGGUAGCUGUUGUAAGAGGAGUGAAUGCACCGUUGCUGCAGAAGACCAUCCUGGAACAGCUGGCAGUGGAAAAGAAGGUUUUAGAACACGGAGGAGAGCGUGUGGUGGUACAAGACCGAGCCUUCUCCAGAGAGGAGGGAAACAUGGCUGCUCUUCAGGAAGGACAACAGGAAGGCCAAAUUGUUAAGGCAGGCCAGCUGUAGGGUGCUCUUUGUGCCUUUGCUGAAGAUGGAACCCUGAACGACACUUCAGCUGGGACACUAGAGGGGCCCUUCCUCCAAAUGGCCACAACGUGGGCUCUUACGCAGGAUGGUGUCACCUUGAAACAGUGUA